UAGCAUUUUAUUGGAACCCAGACACACAAAUUCAUUUCCAUAUUGUCUAGAGCUGCUUUGCAUGACAGUGGCAGAAUUUAAAGUUGCAACAGAGACUGUAUAUCACACAAAGCUAAAAAUAUUUAUUACCUGGACCUUUACAAAAAAGGUUUGUCAACCCCUGUGCUACAUUGGCUUCCUUGUGUUAAGGGACUCAAAGGAUUCAGUUUGGGGGAUGCUCAAGAAUGAGACAUGGGGCCUAGGCGGUGUGGCUCAGUUGGUUGGAAAGUUGUCCUGUGCAUCAGCCGCAGGUACCCCUUGAGAAGGGGCCCAAGGGAAGCUGCCUCCUGCCUUGGGAAGCUCUGCGGAAUCAGGUCAGAAUCAGGUCAUGGUUUAGGCAGAUUAGUGAGGUUCUAAAUUGACCUCCUAAAGAUUCCUAAUCCUGGGAUAGCAGCCAGCCAGCAGGCCCAGGGCCAUACAAAGUCCCUGCACCCUUUCUUCAGGCCUUAGCCAGGGCUGCCAUGGCCUCCCUAUUCUCUGGUAGAGUUCUGAUCCGAAACAACAGUGACCAGGACGAGUUGGAUACAGAGGUGGAGCUCAGCCGCAGGCUGGACAACCGACUGGUGUUGCUCUUCUUCGGCACUGGGUCAUGCCCCCAGUGCCAGGCCUUUGCACCGCUCCUCAGGGACUUCUUCAUUCAGCUUACAGAUGAGUUCUAUGUGCUGCGGGCGGCUCAACUGGCCUUGGUGUAUGUGUCUCAGGACAGCACAGAGGAGGAGCAGAACCUGUUCCUCAGGGACAUGCCCAAGAAGUGGCUCUUCCUGCCCUUCGAGGAUGACCUGAGGAGGGACCUCGGACGCCAGUUCUCGGUGGAGCGGCUGCCGGUCGUCGUGGUGCUCAAGCCGAGCGGGGACGUGCUCACGCCCGACGCGACCGACGAGAUCCGGCGCCUGGGCCCCGUUCCAGCCAGUUUUCCCUUUGUGGACCUCAGUAAACCCACCUGUGCAUUGGACCCUGCGUGA